AUGGACAUCAGGAGGCUACUGAAGGCAACGUGUCCACUGGCUCGACCCUUGCUCGGACAUCCUACUCUGGCAACGAUAGGAGCGCGAUCCAAGCAGGGCCACGCGAAUCGCAUCCAGAUCCACCUCUGUUCACACUACCGGUCCCAGCCCCACCACAACCGCGUUCACUCUAUACACCACCAAGCCACGCAUACAGCUUCUUGUUUUUCUUCACCAUACCGGACUACUCUUCGCGUGGGAGAACAGACGUCGCCGCCAGUAUCGUCGCAGCUCCGGAGAACCUGUGGUUGCCGACUCGGUUCAGGAACCUUAUUCGCCUCGGGAUCGCUCAAACCAACAACAAUAGCGAAGCGCUGUUUCGGGACUAGUUCCAGGGCCUACAAAUUGUUUUCAAUCGCAGGAUCACCCACACGAACGCCCUCUUCAACCUCUUCAAUACCACGCUCCACCACAUCAGAACCAAACACAUUACCCACUUCAACGUUGUCCUCAUUACCACCCAACAGCCUCGUCACAUCAACUCUUGCUCAAGUCGCCAAGUACAACGAUCCUACUCUGGUGGCUCGUUUAGGUCGGAAACGGCGGCAUAUUGCAGGAAUGCAUGGUACGAGGCUCAAACGGCAGCUGAAGCUCAUGCAACGAUCACAACCUCAGCACUCUUCGCAGCUCCUGGGAAUUAACGGGCUACCAUCAGGAUUCACGAAUCAGGGUCGCUUCGGGAUGACGAAGCGGAAGAACAGACGGAGGAUUGGCGUGAAGAAAGCCCAGAGAGACGCUCUACCGGCCCAGUAUCAUCACAUUCACUACUUCCCUACCAAGGAACACCCACGUCAUGUCCGAUUCUUGGGAAUCACGGAUUUUCUGAGGUUCUCGCGGGCAAAGUCUUCACCCGGGCGGGUUGCAUCGGCGAGAAGGAUGGCCAACCUUAGGCUGAAACGGAGUAUCAAGAAGCGGAACGACUUUAUGUCGAUUCGCCGGCCGUACAUCCUGGAGCAGCAACAACGCGUGGCGCACAUGAACCAGGUGCUGGAGGAGGGACCCGCGAGGCUCGCGAUCAUCGACGCCAUACUCUUGAUCAGAGGGAAGAAAGGAGGUGCGAAGCUGCCGGCCGGAAACCAGCUCUACAAGGUCGUCAAGCUGGACCAGACUCAUUAUUUCCAGUUGCGAGCUGCUGAUACGACGCCUACCAUUUCAAGUUUACCCGCAGGAGCACCGGAGCCAGUACAACCAAGGCAUUUCACCACCCAAGACUACAAUGUCAUAUUGACACGGUGCGAGGAGCUCAAGGAUUGGAGGACUGGAUUCAACAUCGGCCAAGCCCUACUGACGCGUUAUCGAUCGCCUGGGUUUGACUUUGGUGUUCCCGACUUUGGCGCGCCCAAUGUAAGGACGAUCCACCUCCUCGCCAAGAUGUUUGUCAGGGCGUACCGAUCAGACAGAGCAGUCGUACUCUUCUCGACCUUGCACAAGCACUACCCUCAUCCGAUCCCUUUGGACGUCUAUACGUCCUACUUGGGCGAGCUUGGGUCCAUGAAGCAAUUCGUUCGGAUGGAGUCGACCCUACGCUACCUCGAGACCGCCGGACCUCGUCCUACAGUGACCCAGUACAACACUCUUUUGAAGGCGAUCGGGCUUCACAAAGGACAGAACCAGGCCGAGGAGUUCAUGGCACAGAUGGUCAAGGCAGGAACCACACCGGAUCAGCAGACGUACCGUAUCCUCAUCAACACCUCCCUCCGCGACUUGGAUGUUGACAGGGCUCAUUUCUGGCUGGGAGAGUACGCACGUCAGGGGUUCGAGGUCUUCCCGCGGAUGAUGGAGCCCUUUAUGAGCACGUGCGUCCGUCAAGUCUCUACCUUUGCGCCCAAAAAGCUUGGAUCCUACGGUGUAGACAAUGCUUCUGUCUCGAGGGAGUGGAUGUUCAAGGCCAUGAACAUUAUCCAGUUCAUGACGCGUCAGGAACUGUCUCCAACAGCAAGAACCUUCGAGCUGCUCAUUGACGGAUUCUUGGCACAGGAUAACAGUACCGAGGCUCGUCGGGUGUUGAAUCUGAUGCGGAGCAGUCCUUAUAUUUAUACCCCCAACCCAAGGACGUGGAUCAGUCUCUUCGAGUACCAUUUGCGGCAGGACGAACCCCUCUUGGCCUUGAAGACUCUUAACGAGAUGUGGCGGUCAGGCGCAGGGCUGAAAUCAGGCGAUGUUCCUCUAGGGAUCACUGUACCGACAUCACUCUAUCGCCAACUGUUUCAGCACUACCUGAGCAAGAGCAAGCUUUCGAUGGCCGAACGGAGUUUGUACGAGAUGAUGGACCGACACAAGGACGCUCGGCCGAAGGAGAAAGACGUCGUUGACUUGAUCUGGAAGCUGGACCGACUGCCCGAGGCUGCUGAGCGUGUCUACGAGCUGCUCUACGCUCAGUCGGGAGACCGGAUCGAACGGGAUAUCGCCGGCGUCCGGAAGAACAGGAUUAUAGAGGAUGGUCCUAUUGUCCUGGCAAACGUCGGAGUCAUGCGAGCCAAGGCAAACUCCAAGGACCGACUUGUUCGAGACGACGUCUGGAAGGCUUGGACCUCGAUGGUGCGGUAUCUGGACGAGGAUGGGUCGGCGCGUGACACCCCUGUUGGAGAGCGUUUUGGGAUUACCAUCGAUCCGGGGGAGAGAUCGGUUCUCGCCCUAGCAUUCGAGCAAGUCGCCAAGGCUGCUCGUCAAGUUCCGCAGUCAUCUCGUGAAGUCAAGCAAAUUCAGCAAGAAGCCGAGAGGACUGCGUCGCGGCUUGCAGGCAACGAUUGGGAUUUCACUCCUGUGAGACAUAAGCCGGGCAUGGGAGGCCUUGGUCUGGGCUUGAGACUUGGUCAGAGUGGUAUUCACGGCUCUGAUAUGUCGUCGCCGGGACAACUGGACCGUCAUGGAGGAAGCAGCACCGACGCACACACCAAGCACCUGGAGUUCAAGGGCAGACAAAGGAAGAUGAUCCAGCAACUCCUGCGACACCAGGAGUUCCUGGACCCGCUGCUGGAGCGUCGUGAUAUGAAUGUGACUCUGCCGGAAGAGCCUCUCAAGACCCUGUCAUCACACCCUAGUUUGCCCGUGGAGAGCCGUCUUGAGCAGUUGAAAGACAGCUUCCAAUGGGUCCGGAAACAUUCUAUCCCGAUCGGCAUUGAGGGCUUUAAUGCGUACCUGGCAGGCCUCAUUUCUUACCAGGAUUUCAAGGCUGCUCGAAGGACAUUGGAUGCCUUUUUCGCCAAGCCUCACUCCAAGGGUGGCUCCAAGUCUAAAGUGUCCAUUCUGGCGCCACUCAAGCCCGACAUCGCUACCGUCGAGAUUCUGAAGGAAUACCAGGGCGUGCUGGGAGGUAUCAAGUCGAUCAACCUGGCCUUCGAGAAGGGCGGACCUAACCUAGCCAAGGAGUGGACUCGUCAUCAGAUCAGUAUCUCACGGAAACGCACCAUAGCUGCACUCAAAAACAACAACACAUCAUCAGCAUCAUCAUCGCCAUCAGCAGCAUCAUCGCCAUCAUCAUCAUCAUCAUCAUCACCACCACCAUCAUCAUCGGCACCUUCGUCGACUCCUACUAGAGCCGUUGCAUUUGCAACAUUGUAA